AUGGUGUAUUGCUGCCAUUCUCACAGCUUUUGCCGCGUCAGGGACCUGCGGUACCGCUGCGGCCGGGACCUCGCGGGGGGUUUGGCCCGGCACUGGGUGCAGCUGAGCCUGGAUGAAGCCACCCAGGCCUUCCUGAGGUGGUGCGCGCGCGGACCGACGACCACAGAGAUCUUCAAGACCUCCUUAUCGCGGAUCCUGCGCUGGUGCAUGUCCGCCACGGACGCCAACGCCUUGCUGGGUCGCGGGGAGAUGUUUGCCCUGAGCAGGUGGCAGGCGACGCAGCUGUUGGGGAGGUGCGAAGCCGCGGGGUCUCUGCUGGACGUGGGCGCAGGGGUGGGCCUGGUGACGGAGCAGCUGGCGCCGCUGUUCGACAAGGUCAUCGCCACGGAGGCGAGCGCGCCCAUGGCUCGCCAGCUGCGGCGGAGAGGCUUUUCGGUGCUCGGCUCGGCGGACCUCGCCGGCCUCGAGGCUCUGGCGCAGCGCGAGGGCAUUGACGGCGGCUUCAACUGCAUCUCCCUGGUGAAUGUCUUGGACCGCUGCGAUCGCCCGCUGAGCCUCUUGCAGGACCUCAAGCGGCGGCUGAAGCCCGAUGGCAGGCUUCUGCUGGCCGUGGUCUUGCCUUUCAAGCCCUUUGUAGAGCACGGCAUCUUCAAGCUACAGCCCACCGAGAGGCUGUCGCUGGACCGGUCCGCGACCUGGGAGAGCGCGGUGGAGGAGCUGUGGCAGCUGCUGCAGUCCCUGGGCUUCAAGCUGGAGGCACUGACGAGGGUGCCGUACCUGUGCAAAGGAGACCUGACGACAAGAAGAGAGACUGGUAAAUGUGGAAGACCUGUGCGGCCUGACUUUUCAGGUUUGCCAACGUCUAUUUCCUGGACGACGCCAUCUUCGUGUUGA